AUGGCUUACCCGGUGCCCUGCUCCUGGCAUUUGCUUUUUAUUACAGCCACAGCCUCGCAGCUCUCCACAUCGCUGCCGGUGCCUUGCCCCACCGGGGCAAUGCGUAGGCUCUCCAAGUAUAGCCAAGACGAGGCGGCUCAAGAGACUUCGCCGUUGCCAGCCUUCAAGUGUAUACAGGACGGGGGGAUCUAUGCACUCUUCGAUCCUGGUCCAGUCUGGCCAGACCAAUUCCAAUCCUUGCUUUUACAGGCAGACCGGAACAUGUCGAAGAUGGGGCAUAUGUCCAUGGUGUUUUCACGCUUUGUUGGACUAUGUGUCCCUGCCUCCUGCUUUUCUCCACCACCAGAGUCGCUGGCAAAGAACGCCAGGCACCUACCCUUGUCCCUGACAUGGGAUGAUGGGGAGAGAAGGGUUGAGCAACUGCAGUUUCUUGCAGGGCAGCAGUUUUUGCAAGGCAUUUUGGGCUAUGAAUCAGGAGGCAGGAAAAUUCUCGGAUCGCGCGUGCUCGCUCGCUUGCAGACUCACGCAGAUGUCCUUCUGACAAAGUCCACUAGCCGGGGUGGGCAACUAGCUUGCAGGGCUUCGUUUUGUGGCUGGGCCAGCUGUUGGGGAGGGCCAGUUUUGGCAAGUCCGCCUUCGGCUGUUCUGCCCACGCUGCCAGGGAUGUUCACAGAAGCGGACCUAUUGCGUCGUGCUUCCUCCCAGGAGACGACGCCCCUGGCCUACGUGACUUUCGCCUCCAGCUGGGAAUACGUUGAAGCUUCCCUGGUCCUUUUUAGGAGUCUGGUGUUGACAGGGUCCAAGCUACCCUUCAUCGUGCUAUUAGGUGGCGAUGGACACACUUUCUGGCCCAGAGCCCAGGAGUACCUCGUGACUCGAACAAAGGCCUGCUCAUGUGCUGGGCAGCUACUGGUUCUCACUGUUGGGGAGGUAUUAGAGGCGCAGCCAAAUGCCGUGAAGUUCUUGGUGGCAAACAAAGCUCAAGGACUCAAAGGCUUGAGCUUCGACUUGCAGAAACUUUUCGCUUUUGGCCUGGGUGCCUUUGGCUAUCAGCGUGUUCUGGUCCUCGAUAGCGACAUGCUCAUCCUGAAGAGCGUGGACCACUUGCUUGCCGGCUCUUGGCCUCCUUUUUCGGCGGUCCGGGACCGGUGGUCUUCGCCCACACUCCUCGUGGUGAAUGUAGGAGUCCUCCUUUGCCAUCCCAGCGUGGGACUUCUGCUGGAGAUUCUGAAUUUCUGGCAGCCAGCGGUCGAAGGAAACUUUCAGCUGCUAUUGAAUAAUUUCAUGGGAAAGGACGGCAAACCCUGGGUGUUCCAGCGGGAGUUGAUGUUGGACAAGAGGUACAACAUGUGGGAUUCAGAGCAUAAAUUCUUGCCUAAAAUUCUGAACAAGACAUCCUGGCCAGAAGACGCAGACAGACUGGAAAGUGAGAAACGCCAGAUUUUCGAAGUGGAGCGUUAUGUCUUCUUGGAGCCUUCCUGGAGCACGCAGAGGUGGCUACUUCCGGACCAUGCUUUCCAUUGGGCUAGUAUUUUCGUCUUCCACUUUAUGUCUUGCAAACCGUGGGAGAAGGACAUUUGCCUCGCGCGUUUUCAGGAGCUGCCGCUUUCUGAGCCGGCAGCACAACAUCUGGAAGCAUAUUUCUAUUGGACCGACGUUUGGUACAGCUUAUGGAGUUUAGAAGACGAUUUCCAAACGUCCGGGCGAGAUCUGCUGUCGACGGCUGUUCGGAGAAGUCGGAGAGCUUUGGGCAACCCAAAACUUCCCUAA